UCUCGUCUUGUAUUUCAAGAAAAAAGAGUACACAAGAUUCUUGUCCUUGGUUAAGCUUAAACCAUGAUGUCUACUAUUCCUCCGGUUUUCUCUUCCGAACCGGGUCUUGCCAACCCAUUUCCGGCUUUUGAAACCGGAUUCACACCAUGGGAUGGAUCAGACAUCUUCUCUAUGUUCAAUUCAUCGGAGGAUGAACCGGUUGAGACAAAACCCGGUUUUGAGAAACACACCUCGCCCCAAACCCAGGCUCAAACCAACUCUAGCUCCGGUUCAGAUGAUAAAUCCCAAAACCGGUUUGUAUCAGAUAUGGACGAACGGAGAAAGAAAAGGAAGAUAUCAAACCGGGAAUCGGCUCGACGGUCGAGGAUGAGGAAGCAGAAGCACCUGGAGAACAUGAGAACCCAGUUAAACCGGUUAAGGAUUGAGAACCGGGAACUCACGAACCGGCUCCGGUACGUAGUGUACCACUGCCAACGGGCACGGGCGGAGAACGAUCAUCUAUGGCUGGAACAUCGUAUUCUCGUGGAGAAGCUGUCGAACAUGCGACACGUGUCGAUGUUGAGGCGGAUGCAACAGGCCUCCGAGAAUGCCACGUGGCCAUGCAACGAUAGUACCGUUGUGACGGCCCAACAGAACCCAUCGAUGCUCAGAAAUCACGUAGUUGAUUUCUGAAGCCAUUACGAAGUCGUUUCGAGUGAAAGAGAUGCGUUUUAUACCUCUGUUUGUAAAAAAAAAAAAUUUAAAUGUUGA